UGGGCGCCCAGCCAGGGGGCGGGACCCCGGCUGCCGGUAUAAGAGGGGAGCGCCACUGUCCCGGGCGCAGUGCUGAAGCUGGCUUCUCAGCCAGGACCUGGAGGCAACGGACUCUGAACUUGCAGCUCUUGCCCCAGAGUGACUGAGAAAUAAGAAAAGGAGCGCUUCUUCCCGCCACUUGCAGCCACAGACUCGGAGAAUGCGGCUCCUCGGAAAACUCCGCGCCUCGGCCGCGGGCAGCGCCGCUCCGGAGCCGGCCUUCUCCAACGUGCUCACCCCGGGCCGGAUCCCCGAGUUCUGCAUCCCGCCGCGGCUGCCCGCGCCCUGCGCGCCCGACUCCCCGCCGCCGGCCGCCGCGGUGCCCCGGAGAUUUGCAGCCGAGCCCGACCUGUGGCCCCGGGGGGCCGACGACAGCGCGGGGCGCACGGACUGGGACCCGCGCUCGCAGGCCGCGCUCUCGCUGCCUCACCUGCCCCGCGCGCGCACCGCCUACGGCUUCUGCGCGCUGCUGGAGAGCCCGCACACCCGCCGCAAGGAGUCGCUCUUCCUGGGGGGCCCCGGCGCCCCCGCGCUCCUGCCGCCGCCCGCGCUCCGCCCGCGGGCCCACACCUACGGCGGCGGCGGAGACGCCCCCCUCGGAUACCCUGGCGGAGCCUCCGGAGAUACCCUUCCGCCCCGGAACACGCUCACCCCGCGGCCUCGCGGCCACCGCCUCCUGCGCGGCCCCGAAGGGCUGCUGAGCCGCGCGCUGCAGGCCCGGAGGAGUCGCGGCCCGGCCCGCGCCCGCUCGGUGUCCAGCGAGGACGAGGCAGGGUCCCCGGCCCGGACCCGCUCCGCGUCCCCCCCGUCGGACCCCGGCCCGCGGCCCGAGUGCGUGGAGGCCGAGGGCACCGUGGCUCUGGGCCGCGCUUGCGGCGCCCUGCGCCUGGCCGCCGAGUACAACGCGGCCAGCGGGCGCCUCCGCCUCCGGCUGCUGCGCCCCGAGGGCCCGGCCGGGGGCGCCACGGAGCCCUGCGCCGCGGGCUGCCGCGUCAGCCUGGUCCUGCAGCCGCCCGGCAAGGCGCGCCCGCAGCGCAGCGCCGUGCUCCGGCGGAGCCGCAAGGCCGGCUUCGACCAGGACUUCUGCUUCGACGGGCUGUCGGAGGACGAGGUGCGCCGCCUGGCCGUGCGCGUCAAGGCCGAGGCCAAGGGCCGCGGGCUGAAGCGGGGCCGCCUGCUGGGCCAGGGCGAGCUGCUGCUGGGCUCCCUGCUGCUGCUCUGAGGGCUCCGCCCUGCCCGCGGGGUGCUCUCUGCCCGUGGGGACUCGAGGACACUGGACUGACAGCCGUUUUGUACAAAAUAAAUGUUAUUUAUUCGUUUUUUCUAUUUAUGAUCUUGCUUUUUAUGUUUCUUAGUUGUUUGCUUUUGUCAUUAUUUAUUGAUAGGGAAGUAAAAAGCAACGACUCCCUCCUCUAUUCACAACAUCCAACCCCCUUUUCCAGGCUGGAAGAGAGAGAAAGGAAUUACAUCACACCUGCAUUGUUUUUUCUCUCCCUGCUUCAUAUCAAUGCCAAAUGGUCUGUGGGUUUGAAAAUAAAAGGUACUCCUUCAGAUUCACUUGUGGUUUUGCAUAUUUGUUGAGACAUAGGUCCAUAUCUUCACUCAUGACUCACAUGCACUAGAGCGACAGACCUAUGAUAAGGUUACCUACCUUAUUGGGAAAAGAAUUCCUUUCCAAUUAAGAACAAGAUUCUUUUGAAA